AAGAAAUAGGCAGUGGGAAGCGUAUCAAAGAAAUCUAACAGUCCAAAUCACAACUUGACUAUUGACUUUGACUAAAAAAGUCAAGUUGUCUCCUUCAGUUCGCAGAUUCAUUAAAGAAUGAUAAGACAUUUCAAAAGAUUGUGGAGUGUAAGGAAUACAUAUUCUAAGUUUCAUAAACCAACAAUAUCUCAUAUUCUUGAUGAAAGACUUGUUUCUGUCCCAUCUAAUUUUCAAAAUAAAAGAACAAUGACUUCACAUGGGCCAGCUAAGAGAAUUGAAGGUGUUAAGGAAAGUGUCUGGGUGGAAUUUAUUCAACUAGCUCUUGAUCAUAAGCCUGUAAACCUUGGUCAAGGUUUUCCAGAUUUUGCUGCUCCUUCUCAUGUUGCUAAGGCCCUUAGCGAGGCUUGUCUUAGCUCCAAUGUGCUUUUGAACCAAUAUACAAGAGGAUUUGGUCAUCCUCGAUUAGUAGCUGCUUUAUCAAAGUUAUAUACAUCACUCUUAGGAAGACCAGUCAAUCCCCAAAAAGAAAUUCUUGUAACUUGUGGUGCUUAUGAAGCUUUAUACUGUGCAAUACUUGGUUUAAUCAAUCCUGGGGAUGAAGUCAUUAUUAUUGAGCCAUUCUUUGACUGCUAUGAACCAAUGACAAAAAUGGCUGGUGGCGUGCCUGUAUUUAUUCCUCUGAGGCUUAAAAAAAGUAGUGCAAAUGUUUCAAGUGGUGAUUGGUAUCUUGACCCAGAUGAGUUGGCUUCAAAAUUCACAAGCCGUACAAAAAUGAUAAUUGUUAAUACUCCCCACAACCCCUUAGGAAAGGUUUUCAAGCGCGACGAACUGUUAAUGAUUGCUGAACUCUGUAAAAAGCAUGAUGUUAUUGCCCUCAUGGAUGAAGUAUAUGAAUGGUUAAUAUUUCAAGGCAAUGAACAUAUCCGCAUGGCAACCUUGCCUGGAAUGUGGGACAGAACUAUCACCAUUGGUAGUGCAGGAAAAACAUUCAGUGUCACUGGUUGGAAAACCGGUUGGGCUUAUGGUUCCGAAAAACUCAUGCGAGCUUUACAACUUCUACAUCAAAACUGUAUCUACACUUGUAACACACCCAUACAAGAAGCUGUUGCUAUUGGAUUUGAAACAGAAAUCGCCCGAAUGGAAAAGCCAGAUAGCUAUUGGAAAGAACUAGCUGAAAUGUUGGAAAUUAAAAGAGAUAGAGUAGCCAAUUUCUUAUCUGAAGUAGGCAUGUCUCCUACGAUACCUGAGGGAGGCUAUUUUAUGAUUGCUGAUUUCUCAACUCUUGGUGAUAAAGUAGACCUCAGCAAUGAAACCGGUACCAAAGACUACAAAUUUGCUAAAUGGUUAUCAAAAAAUAAGAAACUGCAAGGCAUCCCACCAAGUGCCUUCUAUGGCGAUGAAGAUAAACAUUUGGCUCAAGAUUUAAUCAGGUUUUGUUUUAUAAAAGAAGAUUCUACUUUAGAAAAAGCUGAAAAAAUAAUCAAUGAUUUGAAAAAAUCACUUUAAUUUAUUUAUAAUAUAAAUUGUUAAUACAUAUUAUUCAAUAAGUAUUUUUCAUGUAUUAAAUUUUAUACUCAGAUUGGUUUGUUUUAUUAAAUUAUAUUUUGCAACAAAUCUGUGUUAUGUUUUCAUAAACCUUGAUUCACUGUUAUUUAUAUAUGUUUGUAUGUUUCACAUAAAACAUCAAUGAAAGCUUUGAGGCAAUGUAGUGAUAGACCACAUUUUAACUGUUCCUUAGUAGUGUUUCAAGAUAGGUACUUCAGAUUUCCAAAUUUUCUCUAAUUGAUAGUGCAUUACGAUCACAUACUAAAUGUACAAUUUUAAACAAUUAGAAAAUGUGGCUUAUCAUAAUGUGCCAAGCCUUUCAAUGAGGUAUUAUGAAUUCCUCUCAAAGCUGCUUUUUUUUUUAUUAGGAAAGAGUAUAACCUUUCACUUUAUCAUGUUUAGAGUUACCAUAUGGUUUUUGUGGAGGGCGUAUGUAUAAAUAAGACACUGUUUGUGCAUAAAAGAGACCCAUUGCAUGAAAAUUGAAAUGUUUUAUUGCUCACAUUCAACACUUUUUGUUACAUUACAAAACCACAAAACUAGAAUCUUAAGAAAAUGACAAAACACACAUUUAUUAUAAAUAAAUAUCAAGAGUAAUACAAGAAAGAGCAUAUUAUUGCUCUUAAUAUACAGCUUGGAAAAUUAUGUUUCUUAUGUUAUUAUUUCAAAAUUUAAAUGUGAUUAAUUUAUAAUGUCUGAAUGAUAAUUGAGAUAGUAUUCCUUUAAGUGUUUAAGCAAACUGAGUUAAGUCACUUGAGAAGUAAAUAAGUCUUGAGUUUUCACAUUUUAGUUAGGUUGAAAUUUCUCCUCAAUAUGGUAUAUAUGUAUGGCUGAGGAAAAGUGUUUUUCGGCAGGAAAAAUACGAUUAAAGUGACAUCUUUAAAGUGUUGCUAAGGCUUAGUAAACCUCAAAAUUAGAAAUCAUCAAUUAUUAGUUAUUGAAUUGCCUGUUAUACAAUUAUUGACGUAAUGCAAUAAAUUUUAAUUCAAAAUUUU